CAUUUCUUAGGAUAACCCCUCUCCCCUCUCCUUUCACAGUCACCAAGGGACCGACCCUUUCUUUUUUAUCGCUCAUGAAACCCUUUCCCCCAACUUUCUCUUAUUGGAUUAGAUAGUCAUCCUUCCUUCUCUCUCAACAAAUUAGCUUUCUGGGGUUCUUCCUCGAUUGACUUCCACCUUCUCGCUCGAGGACCCAGUUUUAUCCAUCUCUCAAUCUCUUUACCUUCUUCUUCAGGUGAGGAAGAACAGUGAAUUUUGGUGUAAAUUAAUUGUUGGAUCUUGUUCGAGAUUCGUCAUUCGAGUUCGAUUGAUUCCUUUUUUUUUGGGGGGGAAAUGAUGAUGAUGUUCAAUGAGAUGGGAUUUUGUGAUGAUAUUGAUUUCCUUUCGGCUCCGAUUGUGGAAGGAGAUGUGGUAGCUCCACAGGCCGAUCCUGAAGUCGUGGUGGAAGAUGAUUAUUCUGAUGAAGAGAUCGACGUCGAUGAGCUCGAGAGGAGGAUGUGGAAGGAUAAGAUGCGUCUUAAGCGUCUUAAAGAGCAGAGUAAGGUUAAGGAAGGAGUCGAUAUUGCGAAGCAGCGACAGUCUCAAGAUCAGGCUAGGAGGAAGAAGAUGUCGAGGGCGCACGAUGGGAUCUUGAAGUAUAUGUUGAAGAUUAUGGAGGUUUGUAACGCUCAAGGUUUUGUAUAUGGAAUAAUUCCCGAGAAGGGAAAACCGGUAACUGGGGCGUCUGAUAAUCUUAGAGAAUGGUGGAAAGAUAAGGUCCGAUUUGAUAGAAACGGACCAGCUGCCAUAGCUAAGUACCAAGCGGAUAAUGCGAUCCCGGGACGAAACGACGGGUGUAAUUCGAUUGGUCCAACCCCACACACCUUGCAGGAACUCCAAGAUACUACCCUUGGAUCGCUUUUAUCAGCUCUGAUGCAGCACUGUGACCCUCCUCAAAGAAGGUUUCCGUUGGAGAAAGGCGUUCCUCCGCCAUGGUGGCCUACUGGAGUCGAGGAAUGGUGGCCUCAGCUCGGGUUACCGAAGGACCAAGGUCCCCCACCUUACAAGAAGCCUCACGACUUAAAGAAGGCGUGGAAAGUCGGUGUUUUGACUGCGGUCAUCAAGCAUAUGUCCCCUGAUAUAGCCAAGAUCCGCAAGCUCGUUAGGCAAUCGAAGUGUUUGCAGGACAAGAUGACUGCUAAGGAGAGUGCUACAUGGCUUGCUAUUAUCAACCAAGAGGAGGUCUUGGCUCGGGAGCUUUAUCCCGACUCGUGCCCACCUUUAUCAUCCGGUGGGGGAAGUGGAUCACUAGUCAUUAACGAUUGUAGCGAGUAUGAUGUAGAAGGCGCCGAGGAAGAACCGAACUUCGAUGUUCAAGAACGCAAACCCGAUAACCAUAGCUCAUUCAGCUUAGGAAUGGAGAGAAUGAGAGAACACGUACCCCUUCGACAACCUCCUUAUGCAAUCAAAGGAGAAGUCGUCGCCACCGCCGCCGCAAACUUGGAUUUUAUGCGAAAGAGGAAGCCAACGUGCGAUCUGAACAUGAUGAUGGAUCAGAAGAUCUAUACUUGUGAGUUCCUCCAGUGUCCUUAUAGCGAACUCCGUCUCGGGUUCAACGACAGAACGUCGAGAGACAAUCAUCAGUUGACCUGCCCAUACAGAACUUCUUCCGAGUUCAGCGGUUCAAAUUUUCACGUUAACGAGGUUAAACCAGUUAUCUUCCCGCAAUCGUUCGCCCCACCCAAACCAGCUCCACCUCCCGUCAGCUCGGUCCCAUCUUCCUUCGACUUGUCGAGUUUGGGAGUUCCAGAAGACGGUCAAAAGCACAUCAGUGAGCUCAUGUCGAUCUACAACACGAACAUCCAAGGCAACAAGAACAACGUAAUCACCAUCACAGAGAACCAAAAUCAAGGUAUAAUGAUCGACGCUAAUUUCUUCGAAGGAUCGAGUCUUUCGAGCAGCCAUCAAAUGUUCACAAGACCGAUGAAUUCCUCGUUCGAAAACAACCACCAGAACAACAACAACAACAACUUUCACUUGAUGUUCGGCUCUCCGUUCGAUUUGUCGACGUUCGACUACAAAGAAGAAGUACACGGAGGAGCAGCAGCCAUCGACACACUGCCGAAACACCAGGAUAUUCCGUUAUGGUAUCAGUAAGACUGCUUGCACUCUUUUCAUUGAAAGCAGCAGCAGUGAAAUUCAUAGCAGUUAAUUUUUACUGUUUGAGCUUCUCUGAAUGUCUUAUGGGGUUUGCCUGUUUUUUUUACUAGGAACAAGUAAAAGUUACCUUUUGGGAUUUACCUAACUUGGUGAAACUGUGUUGUUUGGUGUCAUUAGGUUGUAGAAUAUGUUUCAGGUCAUCAUGUAAUGUAAGUCUAAGUUUCUCCAUUAGACUCAUAAAUAAGUGGAGAGAAUCCUUGUUAUCAACUUCUUCUACUCAAUCUUUAUUGCCUUCGUUCGAA